CCGCGCAGUAGCUGCCGCAACAUCACCGAGCCCCCCUCUUUCUUCCCCUCCCUCCGCCCUCAACCCAAUCCGGCUCCUCAGCCCCCUCCUUCCUUAUCAGCUCGCGCACCCAUCAAUCCCCGUGCCCUCCGCUCCGCAGCGGCGCGUGCCCAGGGCUUCGUCCGCCCGCGCCCCCGCGGGCUUCGGACCGACUAGAGGCCGGCGGGGAGGGAGGGGGCGGAGUGGGAAAGAGUAGGGGUGUUGGGGUGUGCGGAGACUGCCGCCAUGUUGGAUCUGGACUCCUUGCUGCCAGCCGCCACCGGUGUUGGGUGCUAACUAGGAGCAGGGAGGUGGAGGAGUACGCCGAACGAAGCUAGCAGCGGAGAAGGGGCGCGAGCGCGGCAGGAGAAGGGAGAAGGGCGGGGGAGGAGGGGAAAAGGAAGGGAGUGGUCGGGAGCGAGCUCGCGAGGCGGAGGCGGCGGCGGCGGCCUUUGCUCCCCGCCCCCCUCCUCUCACCAGCGGCGGCUGUGGUGGCGGCGGCGGCGGCCCCAGCCUCAACCCCUCCUCCUUCUCCUCCUUCUCGGUUUGAGCCACCCCCCCCACCCCCCCCGGAGAAAGAUGCCCUUAACUCUGGGGCGUGAAGAAGAGAGAGAAGCCGUCUCUGCAGCCGCCUCCAGAGCCGCCGCUUCGGUCCUCUGAAUUCAGAAAAACCCCCAGCCUUUCCUCGCUCGCUCCCUCCCGUCCGUCCAGUCUAUCCACACGUCAGUCGGGGGCCUUGGGAGCCUCGGAAACGGCCCCGAGGAGACGAGGAGGAGGAGGGGAAAGGAAGAAGAGAAGGAGGCGGCGGCCGGCAGUGAGGGGGGAAAGCCUAGAGACCCGAGAGCACGACCUCGGUGCCCCAACGGACAGCCAGCGGGCCGCCCUGACAGCCAUGGAGGGGGUUUGUCAGUGGGGUUAGUCAGCUCUGCCGUGGGAGCCGGGGGUGGAUCGAUCGCCACCCCCCUCCCUUCAGCUCCACCAGCCCCCGAGGAGAAGGGGGGGGCAGAAAAAUGAAGAGUUUUAUUGGGAACCUCACAGAAAUAGGAAUGACUGCAAAGCCUUAGGGGGAAAAAAAAAAGACGACUGGGGGAGGAUAAAGACUUGGCCGUGCUCUGUGGAGGGGCCGCUCCAUAGACCUCCACCCUAGCCCCCCACCUUCGCCUCUGAAGGAAUUGGCUACUGAUGCAUUAUUCAAGUGUUGGUGGGGGGAAUUUACAUUUGGGGUUCCGCCUCCCCCUUGUUACAUAUUUUGUUUUCUUGCUACUUUUUUCUAUCCACCCUUCAAAAAGUGAAUUGCUGAUGCCUUCCGGGCUUUAUUCUUUAAUGAUGCAACGGGAUUCAUUUCAGGAUUGUGUUGCAUGAGUUGAAUUUUGAAUGAAGGAGAAUUUUUUUAAAAGAGGUGUUGGCUAUUUGGUUGUUUACUUUGAAUUAUAAUAAUUAUUUGUUAUUUAAAUAUAAAAUUAUAUGUAUUCCCCUCCCCUCAAAUGCAGUAAAAUAUAUAUGUAUAUUUUGGGUAACUUUUCCCCAUUAAAAAAGUGUGUAUAAGAAAUUGAACAGGCUUCAGUUAAGUGAGGUUGUCAUCGUGUUGGAUUUUUUAAUUCAGCACCAGGACUGCACUGACAGUCGUUUACAUCACUACUGGUUUCCUUUUUUGAAAACCAUAUGUUUAAAAGUUAGGCUCAAUCAUAAAAAUAGUAAUAGUAAUUGGAAGGACGACCAACACAAAUUGAAGCAACCAUGUCUGGAGAGGUGCGUUUGAGGCAACUGGAGCAGUUUAUUUUGGAUGGACCAGUUCAGACCAAUGGGCAGUGCUUUAGCGUGGAGACAUUGCUGGAUAUACUCAUUUGCCUUUAUGAUGAAUGUAAUAAUUCCCCACUGAGGAGAGAGAAAAAUAUUGUUGAGUACCUGGAAUGGGCCAAACCAUUCACUUCUAAGGUGAAACAGAUGCGAUUACAUAAAGAAGACUUUGAAAUAUUAAAGGUGAUUGGUAGAGGAGCUUUUGGGGAGGUAGCUGUUGUAAAACUAAAAAAUGCUGAUAAAGUAUUUGCUAUGAAAAUACUGAAUAAAUGGGAAAUGCUGAAAAGAGCAGAGACAGCAUGUUUUCGAGAAGAGAGGGAUGUACUAGUGAAUGGAGACAAUAAGUGGAUUACAACUUUGCACUAUGCCUUCCAGGAUGACAAUUAUUUAUACCUGGUUAUGGAUUACUAUGUUGGUGGGGAUUUGCUUACUCUUCUCAGCAAGUUUGAAGAUAGACUACCUGAGGAUAUGGCUCGAUUUUACUUGGCUGAGAUGGUCAUAGCCAUUGAUUCAGUCCAUCAACUACAUUAUGUACACAGGGAUAUUAAGCCUGAUAAUAUCCUAAUGGAUAUGAAUGGUCACAUUCGGUUAGCGGAUUUUGGUUCUUGCUUGAAACUCAUGGAAGAUGGAACAGUUCAGUCCUCUGUGGCUGUUGGUACUCCAGACUAUAUAUCUCCAGAAAUCCUUCAAGCCAUGGAAGAUGGGAAAGGAAAAUAUGGACCAGAGUGUGACUGGUGGUCUUUGGGUGUCUGCAUGUAUGAAAUGCUCUAUGGAGAAACACCAUUUUAUGCUGAAUCUCUGGUGGAAACCUACGGGAAAAUCAUGAACCACAAAGAGAGAUUUCAGUUUCCAGUUCAAGUGACAGAUGUCUCUGAAAGUGCUAAAGACCUUAUUCGAAGGCUUAUUUGUAGCAGAGAACAUAGACUUGGACAAAAUGGCAUAGAUGACUUUAAAAACCACCCCUUUUUUGCUGGUAUUGACUGGGAAAAUAUUCGGAACUGUGAAGCACCUUAUAUCCCAGAAGUUAGUAGUCCUACAGACACUUCCAACUUUGAUGUCGACGAUGAUUGUUUAAAGAAUUCUGAAACAAUGCCCCCUCCAACCCACACUGCAUUCUCUGGUCACCAUCUGCCAUUUGUUGGUUUUACAUAUACUAGUAGCUGUGUUCUUUCAGAUCGGAGUUGUUUAAGAGUUACAGCUGGACCCCCAUCAAUGGAUGUUGAUGUCAGUAUUCAGCGAACUUUGGAGGACAGCUUAGCAACUGAAGCUUAUGAACGGAGAAUAAGACGUCUUGAACAGGAAAAACUUGAACUCAGUAGAAAGCUUCAAGAGUCAACACAGACAGUCCAGGCUCUGCAGUAUUCAACUGUAGAUGGCCCAUUAACUGCAAACAAAGAUUUAGAAAUAAAAAACUUAAAGGAAGAAAUUGAGAAGUUGAGGAAACAAGUAACAGAUUCUGAUCAUCUAGAACAACAAUUGGAAGAAGCUAGUUCAAUGAGACGAGAACUAGAUGAUGCUUCUAGACAAAUCAAGGCUUCUGAGAAACAAAUAAAAUUGCUAAAACAAGAAAGAGAAGACCUCAAUAAGGAAUUAGUUGAGUCUAGUGAGCGAUUAAAAUCCCAAACCAAAGAACUGAAAGAUGCACACAGCCAGCGGAAACUGGCCAUGCAAGAGUUCUCAGAAAUGAAUGAGCGGCUGACAGACUUGCACUCCCAGAAACAGAAACUUGCUCGCCAAGUACGAGAUAAAGAAGAGGAGAUGGAACUGGUAAUGCAAAAGGUUGAAAGCUUAAGGCAAGAACUGCGCAAAACAGAACGAGCCAAAAAAGAGCUGGAAGUCCAUGUAGAAUCUGUAACUGCAGAAGCAUCUAAGGACAGGAAACUACGUGAACGGAGUGAACAGUAUUCUAAACAGCUGGAGAAUGAAUUGGAGGGAUUAAAGCAAAAACAGAUUGGUCGCUCACCAGGAAUAAGUAGCAUAGAACACCAGCAAGAGAUAACCAAAUUAAAGGCUGACUUGGAAAAGAAAAGUAUCUUUUAUGAAGAGGAAUUAUCCAAAAGGAAUGUAAUACACACAAAUGAAAUUAAAAAUCUAAAGAAAGAACUGCGUGAUGCAGAAGGCCAACAGCUUGCCCUUAAGAAGGAGAUAAUGAUUUUAAAAGACAAAUUAGAAAAGACCAGGAGAGAGAGCCAAAAUGAAAGGGAAGAAUUUGAAAGUGAAUUUAAACAAAAGUAUGAACGAGAAAAGAUUCUGUUGACUGAAGAAAAUAAAAAACUUUCAAAUGAGCUUGAUAAGCUAACUGCUAUGUUUGAGAGACUAAGCAUAAACAACCGACAGCUAGAAGAAGAGAUGAGAGAUCUAGCAGACAAAAAGGAAUCAGUUGCACAUUGGGAAGCCCAAAUCACAGAAAUUAUUCAGUGGGUAAGUGAUGAAAAGGAUGCACGAGGGUAUCUUCAGGCAUUGGCCUCUAAAAUGACAGAGGAAUUGGAGGCAUUGAGAAAUUCCAGCCUUGGUACAAGAGCAACAGACAUGCCUUGGAAGAUGCGCCGUUUUGCAAAACUGGAUAUGUCAGCUCGAUUGGAAUUACAGUCAGCUCUGGAUGCAGAAAUCAAAGCCAAACAGGCCAUCCAAGAAGAACUUAAUAAAGUCAAAGCACUGAACAUCUCAACAGAAUGCAAACUGCAAGAGUCAGAGAAGAAGAACUUGGAACUGCUAUCAGAAAUUGAAAAACUGAAAAAGGAAACUGAGGAACUUAAAUCUGAAAAGGGUGUAAAGCACCAAGAUUCACAGAAUUCUUUCUUGGCAUUUUUGAAUGCGCCUACCUCUGCUCUGGAUCAAUUUGAAGAUUCCUUUUCUUCUUCCUCAUCUUCACUGAUUGAUUUUUUGGAUGACCGCUCUCCAUCCUGUAUUCCAGCUAGCAAAGGCAGAAGUAUUGAUUCAGUUGAGAACUUUACGUUGUCUAACCCUCCUUCACGGGAUGAGGAGGUCAAGUCUCACCUCCAGUCAAGGUCCAGGUCUCCUUCCACAGCUAGUGACAUUGAACCAAUUGAGAUUACAGACCACCCUCCACGUUCAGCUCACACACCAACAAUGAGAUCUGCAUAUAUUGGUUCUGGCAUCUCUGCGCCAAAGCCAAAGGCCCACCAGUUAGUUGUAAAAUCAUUUAACACUCCUACAAAAUGUAAUCAGUGCACAUCUCUGAUGGUUGGUUUGAUAAGACAAGGCUGUGCUUGUGAAGUUUGUGGAUUCUCAUGUCAUGUUACCUGUGCAGACAAAGCUCCAGCAUUUUGCCCAAUUCCUCCUGAACAAACAAAAGCCCCUCUGGGUAUAGACCCACAAAAAGGAGUUGGAACAGCAUAUGAAGGCCAUGUGAGGAUCCCUAAGCCAGCUGGAGUGAAGAAAGGCUGGCAGCGAGCAUUGGCUGUGGUUUGUGAUUUCAAACUCUUCCUUUAUGACAUAGCUGAAGGAAAAACAUCCCAACCCAGUGUCAUCGUCAGUCAAGUCAUUGAUAUGAGGGAUGAAGAGUUUUCCGUGAGUUCAGUUUUGGCUUCUGAUGUUAUUCAUGCAAGCCGAAAGGAUAUCCCUUGUAUCUUUAGAGUAACAGCUUCUCAGCUUUCUGCAUCAAGUAACAAAUGUUCAGUCCUGAUGUUAGCAGAUAGUGAGAAUGAGAAGAGCAAAUGGGUGUGCUUACUGAAUGAACUGCACAGGAUUUUGAAGAAGAAUAAACUUAAGGACCGUUCAGUCUAUAUCCCCAAAGAGGCCUAUGACAGCACUCUCCCUCUCAUUAAAACGACCCAAGCAGCAGCCAUCAUAGAUCAUGAAAGGAUUGCUCUGGGAAAUGAAGAAGGAUUAUUUGUUGUUCAUGUCACAAAAGAUGAGAUCAUUCGUGUUGGUGACAGCAAAAAGGUUCAUCAGAUUGAACUCAUCCCAAAUGAACAGCUCAUUGCUGUGAUCUCAGGACGAAACCGCCAUGUGCGACUUUUCCCCAUGUCAGCUUUGGAUGGACGAGAGACUGAAUUUUUUAAGUUAGCAGAGACUAAAGGUUGCCAAACUAUAGCUUCCGGACAGGUGCGCCAUGGAGCUCUUACAUGCCUAUGUGUGGCUAUGAAAAGGCAGGUCCUCUGUUAUGAACUAAAUCAAAGCAAGACCCGUCACAAAAAGAUUAAGGAGAUCCAAGUCUUGGGUAAUGUCCAGUGGAUGUCAGUCUUCAGUGAACGACUCUGUGUGGGAUUUCAGUCAGGAUUCCUCAGAUAUCCCCUGCCUGGAGAAGGGAAUCCACACAGCUUGCUCCAUCCAGACGACCAUACACUGUCAUUUAUUGCACAACAGCCCACUGAUGCAAUCUGCGCAGUUGAGAUCUCCAAUAAAGAGUUUCUGCUGUGUUUUAGCAGCGUUGGAAUAUAUAUUGAUUGCCAGGGCAGAAGGUCAAGACAACAAGAACUUAUGUGGCCUGCAGUACCAUCCUCUUGCUGUUACAAUGCACCAUACCUCUCAGUGUAUAGUGAAAAUGCAGUAGAUAUAUUUGAUGUCAAUUCCAUGGAAUGGAUUCAGACAAUCCCCCUCAAGAAGGUGCGACCCUUGAACUCAGAAGGAUCGUUAAACCUUUUAGGGCUGGAGACAAUUAGAUUAAUAUAUUUCAAAAAUAAGAUGGCAGAGGGGGAUGAGCUCGUAGUCCCUGAAACAUCAGAUAAUAGUCGGAAACAAAUGGUUCGAAACAUAAAUAAUAAACGGCGUUACUCCUUCAGAGUCCCAGAAGAGGAAAGGAUGCAACAGAGGAGGGAGAUGCUACGAGAUCCAGAAAUGAGAAAUAAAUUAAUUUCUAACCCAACUAAUUUUAACCACAUAGCACACAUGGGUCCAGGAGAUGGAAUACAAAUCCUGAAAGACUUGCCCAUGCCGGGUUUCCCUCAUUCAUCCCCUCAUCAUCACUCCGGCCUGAUCUCCUCUCCGAUCAACUUUGAGCACGUCUAUCACAUGACUGUUAAUUCUGCUGAAAAAUUCCUCUCUCCUGAUUCCAUAAACCCUGAAUAUUCCCCGUCUCUGCGUUCUGUCCCUGGUACACCAAGCUUUAUGACUCUAAGGAACCUUAGGCCUCAGGAAAGUCGGACAAUGUUCAGCGGCUCUGUCAGUAUUCCAUCCAUCACCAAAUCACGUCCUGAGCCAGGACGUUCCAUGAGUGCUAGCAGUGGGCUAGCAGCAAGGUCAUCUUCACAAAAUGGUAGUGCAUUAAGGAGGGAAUUCUCAGGAGGAAGUUAUGGGUCAAAACGGCAACCUAUGACCUCUCCCUCGGAUGGUUCAUUGUCUUCUGGAGGUAUGGACCAAGGAAGUGAUGUGCCAGCAAGGGACUAUGACCGAGAGGACUCUGAUUCUCCAAGGCAUUCUACAGCUUCCAACAGCUCCAACCUCAGCAGCCCUCCCAGCCCCAUUUCUCCUCACAAGACCAAGAGCCUCUCUCUGGAGAGCACUGACCACGUGAGUUGGGACACAUGAACUGCUUCAGCAUUCAGAUCAGACAUCACAACGGCUUUUUAUCCCACGGCUCCCCUUCACUCACCCUAUUCUCUCGCUUUCAUCUCUUCCCCUCACGCCUGCCUGAAAAUGAUCUGGGGGUUGGUAUCAGAAGGGAGAUGGGAAUAGGAAAGAAAAGGUUCACCUUCUCUGAUAUGAUUCAAGGGUGAAUUUUGCCCCCCAGGCUUAAGAGCAGCAGCAAAAAGGGACAAACUUUUGUCAGAUAUCUGCCACGGAUUUCUAUUUGUAUUGAUUUCAUUUCAUACAGUUAUAGCUGCUUUCAUUAUCUUUCACUCCCUCCAAAAAAGGUAGUAGAAAUAGACCAGAUAACUAAAAAUGAAUAAGAUUAAAAUGAGCACUAGAGUUUCAUAUUGUAAGAUAGCACAGUGAACCCCUAACUUUGUGGGGAGAAUCAGUACAUCAGAGAGCAUCAUGAAGCUUUCAUUCAGCCACCACAAUUGAAUGUUAACCUGAUUGUUACCAGUGAAUCCUUAUUAAUUAAAACAAUGCAUAUUUUACUACAAUACAGAGUUUAAAUACACAGAUUUAAGAGUUAAAUACUGAUUGUAUAUAUUAAGAGAAGCAUCAUGUAUUCAGUAAAAGUUGGAUGCAUAUUUAAGAGAAAGAGAUCCUUUAAUUUAAAAGAAUUAUGUUGUUUCCUUAUGUUUUCAUGAUAAAUAAUUUUAAGCAUUGAAAAGAUCUGUUGAUGUUUGUUGAGAGAGACCUAGAAAAAGCAACAUUCCCUUUGGAAGAUGCUGUUGAGCACAGAUUAUCAGAAGAACAGUUUAAUUUCUUUUGUCAUCAGAGGCACGUCUUUCCUAAUUUUUGUCGUAGAAUUAAAGCCAUAGUCCUCAUUUUAAAGAUUACUCUUCCUAUCUCUUAUAAAUAAAUGAAGAGAUAAGAUUUCUUCCCACCCUCUCAGCUCCUCUAUCCCCAAGCCUAUGGGCAGAAUUAUAUUUUCCAAAGGGGUGGGUCUCCCAAAGGAACAAAAAGUGCUUUUCUUACCCCCCCCCCCAAUUGGCCUGAAAACAGUUUACCAAAAAGCUAAAACCUCAGUCAGCCAAAUGAGUGUGUUAUGAGCAGCCUUGAUCAAAUUUUUUUUAGUUUCACCCAAGUAUAAUUUUUUAAAGAUUUGACACAAAGUCCAUUCAAGUUUAGUCAGCCCCCAAUUGUCAGUUCUGCCAAGAUUCCUUCUUUUUCCUGCUCAGUUGGGUUGGUUAUUUGCUCCUCUGCUCUUUGGGGCACCACAGGAAAGUGAACCAAGAAUAGACAAAAGUCUGUUUUCUCACAGUCCAGGUUAAUCUGGAACUCUUGUAAUUUUGUCAUGAGAUGGAGGUCUCAAGCUAUUUCCCCAUCAAAUAACUCCAGUAACGAGGGAGGGAGGAAAUGCUAGUGAAGAUAAAAAAGAAUUCAGUCUCGUGGAUUCCCCUCAUCAAGCUUCACUAAAUAUUAGAAAUCUACAAAAUUUGCUUUCCUCCCAGGGACCCUCACCAAUUUUCAGCUGAUUUAAAAGAAUUUGCUUUCCUGCAUUAUAAAUUUAGAUCCCAGCAUUUGUGCUGUAACAUUGAUAACUGACAACCAUACAUUCAUUCAACAUUCCUGUCUUAACAGCAGUGUCGAUUUUUAUUAGUCUGUCCAAGUUUAUACACUCGGAGGAAAAACUUGCAGAGCUUUUUAAUAGGACAGGGAUUGGGCUGGGGUUAUUUUAUAGAUAUACAAAGAGGAGGAUUAAAGGAAAAUUGCAGUUAUACUGGAGUAUGUGCCUGUUACAUAUGAUUGUAUUUUAUUUUCUGAUGGACAUGUUUGUUCCAAAGUACUAGUCACUCCCCAAUUAUUUUGCAUCUGGAAAAAUAUAUGAAGUUUUUGUAUUUUGAGUCACUUAAGGUACUAUAUAUACAUAGUUUGACUUGUUCAUAAGUUGAUACCUUGUGUUUCAUUAUCAUCUGAAUCCAACAUUUUCCUAAAUAUGGCACUUAACAUUAGAAAUGAUAGAAAACCAACAAAUGUUUUAGUGACCUUGCCCAAUUCUCCUCUUCAUUGCUAGUAUGUUAUAACAAAGACAAAUCAGACAGAUAGACAGAAGCGCCCAGGGAGCACCUUAUUUUCAGUCUUGUCUGUUAUUCUACUUGAGCUCUUCUUAGGGUUUUCCCUUUUUUAAGGGUGUCUCAGAUCACAUCAGCAAACUCUUUGGUACUUGGCUAGCUUUGUGGCCUUAGAUCACUUCUAGACAGGACCCACUGCUAGGCCAAAAGGUGAACCUACUGAAGAAUUGGGCUCCAAUUCAAACUGAUCACAAUCUCAGACCUUCCAGAAGAGAAGAAGCAAUGAACAGGAUGAACCCCAGAGCCUAUGCAAAGAGCUCCAACUCAUGGCACAUCUUAUUUGUUCCAUACCUGCGCUAUCAGAUGAGUAGUUUCCUAAUUAUUCUUUUUAAUGAAGAGCUGAUUGUAAUAGGGUAAUUUCCAUCGUAAAUUGAUUACAAUGCCAAACAAAAAGGGCAUUUCUGGCAAAGGAAAAAAAACACUUUUCUUCAGUUGAUAUACAGUGGUGUUUAUACUGGUUCCAUAUUUUACAUUGUCACACCACUGUCAAAUGCAUAGCAUAAUGAAUUUGGAAUCUUCAGAGCCAGUAUUCAUCCCAAACUCCCCUAGAGAAUUUCUGGAAAAAGGAUCCAAUGAAAGAAAACGAAACUUGUUAACCAUUAGAGUUCAGUGGCACAGGAUGGAAAAGAUGCUUCCCAUCUCUUCUGAGUACUGCACAGAAAAUCUUGAAUUCAUUGUGGGUGGUUUGGGUACAUGUAGAAGGAAUGCAUUUCUCAUUUUCGAUAAGCAGGAAAGUUAUGUCUUAAAGGGAUUUUGCAGAGCAUCUCUCUGGGGGUCGGGAGCUGUGAGCUGGGUUCCAGUGCUAGAGGCAACUACACAGCUGAAGCCACAGACCUGCUGGAUGUGUUUUCUACUCAUGAAUCUUGAGUGAUUUCAUCAUUUGCUUUUGAUGUACUCAGUAUAUGUACAAUUUUUGCCAAAACUGAAAACUUCAGAUGUUGCUAAAGUAAGUUGCAUUUAUCUAAUUAUUUUAAAAUCUGGCUGUUGCCAGUGAUUUGGGCACUUUACUUUGGAGCAUAGCUUUGGAGUCAUAAAUGAUAACUGCUGUCUUUUGUCCAUUUGGCUUCCCAAAAAAUUUCUGGUUCCCACGCUUAAGCAAUGGAGUUUGAAAUCUCUGAUCUUAUCACACAUCCCAAAGCCCCUGAAUCUGAAACUGUCUGUAACAAGUCGGUCCCCAUCUCUGCCCUGCCUUUCUUGUGAUCACAAACAUAUCUUAUCACUUUCUACAUUACUGAAUUAUGUAUCUGAGAAAGAGAUCUUGAACCUGAUGGAACCAUGACUGAUUGAACUUUUAUUGAACUCUCUUGUAUUGCCUAUGAAUUGAUAGGGGCGACGAGAGUAACCUUCCCUGACUCCAGCAGGAAAAGCCCAGGAAGCUGUAAACAAGCUGGAUUCUGUGGCUUCUGUAAUCAUCAGAAGCACUCUGGUCUUGAAGCCAAAGUGUAUUUGAAUCACAUCCUUCAUGUCCAUUCUCCAGAUGGGGAAGCAAGAUGUUAAAAUCAGGGCAGCUUGAAUUUUUAUGUCUAGAAACUUCUGAUAGGCCAGACUUUAUAAGUGACCAUGGUGGCAUUUCUCUCACUCUUCUCUGUUCCUCCUCUCACCCCACCUCCCAUUUCAGUCUUCCAUGAAAUAUAUAAAGAAAUAUGUGUUUGACAUUUCAUUUCACUCAUUCUAAAACAACAUUCCUGGUUGUGACUUCAACGACUUAAUCCAGGCCAAAGUUCUCAGAAUAAUCCUGCUUGAUGAGAUGAUGGGGGUAGAAUGUACUUAAUAUAGUUCAGUGGGCCCAGGACUCCCAAACAACAUAGCUGCCAUAGGUGUUUUGUUUUCCGAUUCUCUGGCAUUCUGUAAGUCUGUGACUCUCCUCUUCCUUUCCAUCCACAUUAGAAAACACAAAACAAAAAUAAACCUUCUAUAUUAUAUGUAAGAAACAGCCUCGGCUAUGAGGAAGAAUUUGAUAAAGACACAAACCAUUCUUGGUAUUUCAGUGGGAAAAAAAUGACCUGCCUUUUUUUAUGUCUGACAGUUUCAUAUCAUUUAUUUUUUAAAAAAAAUAUUUUUAGGGUUUUUUCAUUGUAAUAUUAUUGUACAGUUUUGCAUGACCUAGAUGUAAUCACUUUUUUUGUUUAGAGUAUAAAAGCUGACAAGUCUGUGUGGAGAGGGAAAAGAUAAUUGCUUUGGCCUCUUAUCAUAUUUUAUUUUAUUUUGUUUGGAUUGAUGCCCUUGAUGUUGUAGGGGACUUUGUAAGAGAUUCUCUGCUACCAAACAAUGAUGUGGAUUCUUUUGCACAGAAAUAUUUAAGGUGGGACAGUCCGAAAUGUAAUGAAUGACUUCCUCGCCAAUAUUUUAUGUUGGUGACACACUUAAUAUUAACCUGACUUUGAUGUAUUGCAAUAAAACAGGGAACUGUUAGAAA